AUGGCUGACAAUCAAACACCCGAAGUCGACCUCGACAACGUGAUCGACCGGCUCCUCGAAGUCCGCGGAUCGCGGCCGGGCAAGCCGGUGCACCUGGAAGAGUACGAGAUCAAGUACCUCUGCCUCAAGGCGCGAGACAUCUUCAUCAACCAGCCUAUCCUGCUAGAGCUCGAGGCUCCGAUCAAGAUCUGCGGUGACAUCCACGGCCAGUAUUACGAUCUCUUGCGACUCUUUGAGUACGGCGGCUUCCCGCCCGAGGCCAACUACCUCUUCCUCGGCGACUACGUCGACCGAGGCAAACAGUCGCUCGAGACCAUCUGCCUGCUCCUAGCGUACAAGAUCAAGUACCCGGAGAACUUCUUCAUCCUUCGCGGCAACCACGAGUGCGCGUCCAUCAACCGAAUCUAUGGCUUCUAUGACGAGUGCAAGCGGAGGUUCAACAUCAAGCUCUGGAAGACGUUUACCGACUGCUUCAACUGCCUUCCGAUCGCCGCCAUCAUCGACGAGAAGAUCUUCACCAUGCACGGCGGGCUCUCGCCGGAUCUGCAGAGCAUGGAGCAGAUCCGCAGGGUUAUGCGACCCACCGACGUUCCCGACACGGGCCUCCUCUGCGACCUGCUCUGGUCGGAUCCCGACAAGGACAUCUCGGGCUGGUCGGAGAACGAUCGCGGCGUCUCGUUCACCUUUGGGCCCGACGUUGUUUCCCGCUUCCUCCAGAAGCACGACAUGGACCUCAUUUGCCGAGCGCACCAGGUGGUCGAGGAUGGCUACGAGUUCUUCGCCAAGCGCCAGCUCGUCACCCUGUUUUCUGCACCAAAUUACUGCGGAGAGUUCGACAAUGCCGGAGCGAUGAUGAGCGUCGACGAGACGCUGCUCUGCUCUUUCCAGAUCCUCAAACCAGCAGAGAAGAAGCAGAAGUACGCCUACGGUGGCAUCAACAUGGGCCGACCCGUCACCCCUCCGCGCAAGCAGAAGAAGAAGGGCGACAGCAAGUAA